ACGAGACCCUAUAAAAGGUAGGAAAUUAUUGAAUCUGGUAUUAGUUACGACUGAAAUUUCCAACGGAAGCAUCAUUAUGAAUCCAACACUUUUCCUAAGCUUCCUGGUGGUCAUCAUCGGGAGCCUCGUGUGGACAGCCACUGCCCAAGAGGACUUGGAAUCUCAAAAGCAGCGUAUAAUUGAGAUCUUUAAAAAUGCUGAUGCUGGUUCCAUUGGGGAGAGCGACGUCGUCUUUCUAGUGCACUUCCUCGAAAAGCACAGAAAUGUGAUUCCCUUGACACCCGAACAACAAUCCCUAGCUGACGCUAUAGUGAGGAAAUAUAAUGAGGAGAAGGCCAAGCAACCUUUGGUGGAGGGUGCACCGCCUCAAGGCGGUUGGAUUACCGACGCUUUAAAGAAGCUCGCUGUAGAAGUGGGCCUCGCACUUGCCGAGGCUAUAAAGAAAACUUUGAGACCUUAGAAACUUGAGAUCGUUUAAUGGUUUUUUGUAACAUAAUCAUGUUUUGAGGACUUUAUGGUCCCAAUAAAUUGGAAAUAAUUGGCAUACAGA